UAAAUCCGUAAGGAAGUCAAGUAGUCUCUCAGUCAGAACAUUUUGGGAAAAUUGGGGAAAUCAGUGGCAAAACAAACAAAUCCAGUGCUAGAUUUUCUGUUAAUUGAUUGUGAAGUGAAAAUUGCCCACGAAGAUGUCCAGUGGAAAUUACGAUCCCCAUUUGCAUCGUGAGGGGUCGAAUAGAUUGUCUAGUUCUGCUGCAUUGGUGCAUAUCCUGAAGGCAAUAAUGGGUUCAGGAAUUCUCGCCAUGCCAGAUGCUAUGAAAAAUUGCGGCUACAUUGGUGGAUCUGUGGGAACGGUGUUAAUCACUGUUCUUAUUCUAUGUUGCAUCCAUAUGCUCGUGAGGUGUUCAUAUGUUAUUUGCAAGAAACAUAGAGUUCCAAUUAUGUCUUACGCAGAAACAGUUAAAGCUGCGGUAGUCGAUGGACCGCCUUGGCUCAGGCCAUACGCCAACUGCUUCCACCAUCUCGUCAAUAUAUUCCUCAUUUUUGCACAAAUAGGAAUAUGUUGCAUCUAUGUGGCUUUUACGGCGGAGAAUCUACGAAAAAUUAUCAUGUCUGAGUUAGAUUUUCAUAUGGACCUGAGACUCUACAUGUUAGCUCUUCUUGUGCCUUUCAUCCUCCUUUGCUUCAUCCGCAAUCUGAAGUACCUAGCACCCAUUUCCAUGGUAGCCAACGUCCUCACCAUCGUUGGACUCAGCAUAGUCCUCUACUAUAUCUACAGAGAUGGCCUUUCCUUCGAAGAUCGCCAGGCUUUUAGUCCAAUCUCCCAAUGGCCAUUGUUUGUUGGUACAGUCUUCUUCACCCUUGGAGCAAUUGGAGUGGUAGUCUCAGUUGAAUACGACAUGGAGACACCUCAAGAUUUCGGAGGAUUAUUCGGUAUUAUGAAUAUUGCUAUGUCAAUCGUAUCACUCCUCGGUAUCUUUAUUGGAGUUAGUGGGUACCUCAAGUACGGUGAAGAUAUCAAGGGUAGUGUCACCCUCAACUUCCCCACAGAGGAAAUGUAAGAAAGAUACCCAGAAUCCAAAUUACCUUCAACUAAUUCACCUGUUCUCCUUUACAUUUUAGCUUAUCAAAAUCAGUUACACUUGUCUAUGCUCUAGCAAUUUUUACCACAUACCCUCUGCAGGCCUACGCUGCCAUCCACAUAAUGUGUGAUUACUUGAAGAAACACUACAAGGAAGAUACAAAUAUGUACAAAAUUUGGGAUUAUUCCAUCCGAGCAGCUUUCGUGACAGUCACAACCUUAUUGGCAAUUGCAGUGCCCAAUCUUGCAUUAAUCAUCUCAAUAAUGGGGGCUCUUUGUAUGACCAUGACUGGAUUCUUUUUUCCAGCCAUUGUGGAAAUCUGCGUCAUGUACUCUGAACAUGGUGUCAAAUGUGGCUAUAUCAGUCGCGAUUUAUUAAUAAUCCUUCUAGGUGUAAUUGGAUUUGCUUCUGGAAUCUAUGUUGCCAUCCGAAGCAUUUAAGCGUAAACGAACGACUAUAGGAAAUCUUACUUUGUGGAAAUAAACUUAAUAUCACCUAAAUAAUUUUUUAAUCAAAUUUCUUGGUGAAAUUAUUAUUUAGGGGAAAGCUGUG